AGCGUGAAGUUGUCGUUGCUAUUGGAGACGGGACGGAAAGUAGGAAGUAGUAGCUGGAGUGACAACAGCUGAGGAUAGUUUUGGUGUUCAGAAGAGGUUUAUGUUCGCUGAACGGGGCAAUAUUUCCCUAAAUUGAUAUAUAAUACAACACAGCAUUACGAAACCUAAGCUGAAGCUGUCAUGAGUCGUGGCAGGAAUCCUCCACAGAAAGGCCAAGGAGCCGCACGAGCCAAACAGAUGGGUUUGCUCUUGGAUCUGUCUCCGGACGCUGGCCUGAACGACUUGGGCGGAAAUGAGAAGGAGUUAGAGGCGGAGCUUUUUGCUCUGAUUGGAGGAGGCAGUGCUGGGCUGAAAGGGAAGAAAGAGGAUGGGAAAGCUCCUGUCCCCAUGGAGGACAUUGAGCGCAUGGCCGCCCUGUGCAUGAAGGACCUGGACGAGGACGGAGAUGACGAUGCAGACUUGGAGGACGACGCCGAUCUCCUGGCUGAGCUAAAUGAGGUUCUGGAAGAUGAUCAAGAGGAACCAGCUCCUGCACCAAUCCUGUCUCAGCACUCUAACAUAACCCCUAAAUCCACCCACACUACCCCGAGUGGUGCUGGCGGUCAGGAGUUUCUCCUGCAGGAGCGUAUCAAUAUGUACCAGUUGUCCAUCGCCAACGCCAAAGCUUCAGGAGAGGCCAGUAAGGCUCGUAGAUACGACCGUGGACUGAAGACACUACAGUCUAUGCUGGCUUCGGUGAAAAAGGGAAAACCCAUUAACGAGGAGGAGAUCCCGCCUCCCGUCGCUACUGGGGCUAAACCCAACACUGCACAGCAAGAACCAAUCAGAGAACAAGAACAGCCUGCACCAGAUCACGCCUCCCGGCCAAGGACCAACGAGAAACCGCUACAGGAGGCGAAGCCUGUGGCCCCGCCCAAACCUCAGCUGCUGCAGCCGCCCAAUCAGAAAACGCCGGCUGUGACGCCAGAUACACCAGCCAUAUCGCCCUUAACUCCCAUCCAGCCCAGUGCCCAGCAUUCAGAGCUGAAGUCCAGUGUGUUGAGCAGACAGAGGGAAUAUAAACUGGCGGCUAUUCAGGCUAAACAGAGUGGAAACACAGACCUCGCCAGACAACACCUUGUUGUCGCCAAGAAGUUGGACUCUAUAGUGGAAGCGAUGGACAGAGGAGAGCGCGUGGAUGUCAGCUCACUGCCGCCCCCUCCUGUUGAGUGUUCUCCUCCAGCUCCUCAAUCUGCAUCUGCCAGACCCGCCCCUGCUCCUCCAACCACUGAUACUCCAGUACCUGACGCUCCCCUUCCUGCUCCCCGUAACCUGGCCGAGGCACUGCAGCAGCGCAUGGACAAAUACAAGAGUGCAGCUGAGAGUGCCAAGAGCAAAGGAGAUGACCGGAAAGCUCGCAUGCACCAGCGCCUUGCUAAGCAAUAUCAAGAUGCCAUUAAGGCGCACAAAGCAGGACGACCUGUGAAUCUAGCAGAGCUACCAGUACCGCCAGGUUGUCCUCCUCUACAGGGUGCCGAAAGCGCAGAGCAAAACUUCCUGGGUGUCCUGGAAACGGCCGUGAAACUGGCCAAUCAGGAUGCAGAUGCAGGGGAUGAUGACGAUGGGCCAGAGGAGGAAGGUGCAAAGCCAGCGGUGCGUCCUGCUGCACAGAAAGCUCGAGCCCCCGCUCCCUCACACUCCUCGUCCCCUGCAGUGACCCCCACGGCCUCCACAGACACCCCCAAAGUGGGGUCUAAAGUUCAGCAGCAGCUGGACUUCCUGCUCCAUCGCAGGCAGCAGUUUAUUAAAGCGGCCCUGCGCUCGAAGCAGAUGAAGGAUGUUCAGGGAGCAGCGCAGCACCUGCGCAACGCCAAGGGACUCGACCACAUGAUCACCGCAGCCAAAGGAGGCCUUCCCGUCGAUAUCAGCAAGGUACCCAGUGCCCCAGUGAGCGAGGAAGAAUACGCUCUCUCUCAAGCUCGCUCGUCCUCUCUCUCUUCCCGCUUGUCCCAGCAGUACGCUCAGCUCAUGGAGCGCCUCAGGCAGCAGCACGAGAAAUGUCUGAGCUACUCGCAGCAGUUCACUCAAAUGGGCAACAUGGCCGAGACCACAAGAUUUGAGAAGCUGGCGGAGGAGUGUAUGAGUAAUAUUGAGCUGCUGAAGAAAGCUCAUGCUAAAGGCUAUCCUGUUCCAGGUCACCACACAGAGGAGCGCACCAUCAACACCGUCAAGAUUUUCCCCAAUUUGACUGCCAGUGAGAUGGAGCUGACAAUCAUAAAAGGAAUCAACCUACCCACUCCAGGAUUUUCAGCCCAUGAUUUGGACGCUAGUGUGCGCUUUGAGUUUCCCUUCCCUAGUUCGGAAGAAGCUCAAAGAGACAAAACCAACACUGUGAAAAGCACCAACUGCCCAGAGUUCAGAGCGCAGUUUAAGCUGCAGAUCAACCGAACACACCGAGGCUUUAAGAGAGUGGUGCAGACCAAAGGCAUCAAGUUCGAGGUCGUCCACAAAGGUGGCCUCUUCAAGAAUGAUAAGGUGGUGGGAAAUGCUCAGCUGAAACUCGAAGCACUGGAGAAUCAGUGUGAGAUCAGAGAGAUUAUAGAUGUGCUGGAUGGCAGGAAGGCGACAGGAGGGAAGCUGGAGGUGAGGGUGAAGAUUCGGGAGCCACUGGGCGGGGUCCAGCUUCAGCCCGUCACAGAGAAAUGGAUCGUAGUGGAUCCACCGGCCAUCACCCCCGACAGAGAGAGAGCGAGAGAACGGGCACCUUCACCAAAAUCCAAACCCCGCAACGAUCAAGGAAAGAGCAUCCAACCAGGUCCUUCACCUCCUCAAUACAAACUCCACAGCUUCAGCCUCCUCAACUACGACAAGGAAAGACUAGAGAGAAAGAUUGGUGAGUGUAAGAAAAAUAGACGGGAUCCACCGCCAGACCUGCUGAACCAGCAUAAAGAGAUCUGUCAGCGACUGCACUGGCAAAAAUCCUACUUGGGGAGAGGAUCCUCAGCGGUGUUAGCAGAGUAUGAUCGUGUGUUAAAUAAGUUCGCUGUUGGUCUUGCUGAUUCAGUGAAGAAGUUUUCCAGUGAAGGCAACAGAGAAGCAGCUAAAGAUGCACUAGGAAGACUGAAGCUGGUGGAGGUUGAGAUGGAGUCUCUUAGGAGGCAGCGUUCUGCGUGAACAUGUGCAGGAGGUGGAAGUUCACGGGCGUCGGAGAACCGUUCUCACACGCAGAGGCAGUCAAUAACACACGUGUUCUGCAUGUACUUCAUUUCCUUCUCUUCCUCACAGCAUCACCCUUUCUUCUCCCUGCUCUUUCUCUCUCUCUAUAUCCUCUUAUACAAACACUAAUGAUAUUUUAGUCCACAAUCACCUGAGAUUCACUGGACUACUUUUCUGAGGAAAAAAAAUUGUACUGGUCUGUAUGGAAGGCCAACGAGUCCGUGUGUUAUUUAGUUUCUCUUAUCUGGAGUAUAUCCAGAUGUGUAACCCUGUCUAACAUCUGUUUAACUAAUUAUUCAACAUUAUGCAAAUUAGCUCCGCAGCACAUCCAAUCGAUGAGCUAUACUUUAAUUUGUUUACAUACAGUUACCUGAAAUUUCUAAUCGAAACGUCUGGCCACGCCCACAAACACGUCUCACUUGCUAGUGGGAAGAAAGGAUUCAGCACCAGCUUGUUAACUCGCCGCUCAGCAUCUCCGACCCUGUGCACGCGGUCUGUUAUCUCAGUAACGAUUAUUCAUUCAGGAGAAACGGAAGGGAAAAGUCACAGGACAAAAAAAACCCCAAAAAAACAGUAACGCACAGCCUCUGUGGACGUCCGUAUGAUCAGGAUCGGACGACUCCAGCGUCGUAUACACGAAGCACUACUUAUUGUAUCGGAUGUUUUUGCCUCUGGGCUUAUUUUUAUAACGACAGAACAGUUUAGCCUGAAAUGGAAUGUACACACUACAGGACCUGUUGGCUGUCUGGCGUUUCCUUAUUUACUACGUAGCUCACACGUAAGGGAAGGAAACAUGUCCUGAGAAACAAGUUGUUCUGCUUUAAGAUAUAGCGAGGGUUUUUUUUUAUAUAUAUAUAUAUAUAUAUAUAUAUAAAAAGGUGUGUCACACAGGGUCAGAAACUACAGCAGAGACAAUGAAAAUCUCCUCAAAGCCGAGUGACCAGACACAGGCUUUUUUAAAAAUAUAUAUAUAUUUUAGAAACAAGGGUGUAGGCUAUAACCUUAUUCGUUGGUUCCGGUACAGAAGUGCACCCAGAAGGCUCUCGGAAGAUCUUCUCAGCAUUCGGGGUGCUUGUGUACGUUUAGUUUUUGGCCAAACUGCUUCUUUAGCGAUCAUUUGCACAUUUGAUGAGGCGUAUAGCAGUACUGCUACUUUUCUGAUUUCUCCAUCUGCCCUCCUCUGUCUCCAUGCUCCCUGUGCCUUCUGUGAGAGCAUAUGUGUGUGUGUGUGUGUGUGUGUGUGGUGUAAAUCCUUAUAGAGAGCAUAUGAAGAAUAAUCUGGUCUCUGCACUGGGUUUCUGCUUAAUCCUUCCUCUGUGCAGCUCAGCAUGCUGUGAUACGGGGAUAAUGCUAACACUCCACCGGGGAAGUUUAAUGGGACGGGAAUAGAGGGUUGUAUAUGUGUACGUAGGGGGAAAGGGGGAGGGGUGAGGAUCCAUGGUCCGUAAUCGGGGAUUAACCCUCGUCUGGUUGCCCGGGUGACCUUUGAACUACAGUGGAGCGACAAAGCGAACAAUCUGACUGUGGGAUGUUUCAUAGCCAGCAUUUGGAUAAAAUGACAGAAGUCCAGAGGAGCCAUGCAUUCUUCUUGCAUCAUUAUCACAAUAAACCACACGGAACCUAUGCUUGCUAGAUAGCCAAUAUCUACGUAGUACACUCUGGAGCUUCUCCUGCCUACACGAUCCUCGAAACAAAUAACGUACGGCCUCUCUGGACUUCUGUACAUAAGUGAAGCCAUGUCAGGUUUCAGCUCUCGGAUGUGUGAUCUUCCAACUCACCUUCAGCACACCUGAGCCAGGUGAUCAGGUGCAGAUCGUGGUCUUCAGGGACUACGUAGGGAAAUGAGGGCUGUGUCCCAAACACUAGCAAUUGUGAGAAAAGAGUUCAUUCCGAAUCCUAAAAUAAAAACAAAAAUAUUUAGGAAAUAGAUUUUUUUGUGCCCUGGAAGCUUGCUGGUUAAUCAGCAGAUGAGCUGUUCUCAUACAGGAGAGCUCUAUACCCGCAUGAACCAGCUCCGUUAGCUAAAGCCUGACAGAGAUCGCAGUGAUGCUAAACAAAUGCAACCGAUAUUGUAGCUAACUUAGCACUUCCUGUUAUUAUACAGUCUGUUAUUUUGAAUGCUAAUACGACCAGCUGCUGUUCCUCAGCGUUAAAACCGACGUGCACGUGUUGGUAGUGUGAAUCGCUCGGCUGGUGAAACUAGACCGCGUUAAGAUUCAAAAACAACGACUGUCCUGGGGUAUAAAAAAAGAAAAGCGCAGAUUGUGAGCGAUCUAUCAUUUGGAACAAAGCCGAAUGUACGAAUGUAUCGGGGGGCGGGCUAAUUUACUCUGCCUCGUUCUACCUCGUUUCUAAUUCGUCAGCUAGUUACCGAGACCUUCAUGAGCUGGAUCGUUGGUGUCCGAGUUUCGAGUUCGGCUUGGGUUCGUGGUAGCAAAUUUCCUGUCUGAUGUCAGCGCGACGCCAGAAUGGCGGCGCUUUUGAAUUGCAGCUUCAUCGGUUUUGUAAAUCUGUAAUCUGAAAGUUUCUUUCAACCCCGCCCCCUCAGCCACCACUGGUCCCGCCGCCCUCGGAAAACCUCUCCGAAGACGUCGGGUUGGGUUCUACCCCUCGAAAUGCUCCAGUGGUAACUCGUUUGUGUCCGUAAACAGUGGAGGCAAAACCAGCGAUCCGUAAAAACCCAGACUAGCCGUAAUUUUUAUUUUUGACAGGAAAUUAGCUCAAUUAAAGGGUCGCUACAGGUAAACCCGCGCAGUGGAAAGCCUUAAUCAUGCAGGUAUCCCGUUAGGAAGGUGUUCGUGGGACAAUCGCAAACCAUGUGUUUUCCUUCUCUUUCUUGCACUCACUAAAAAAAAAAAGCCUCAGCGUACUUCCUGCAGAGACGAUACGCCGUUAUUGUGGAGGAAACGGACGUCGUGUGGAGGCAUCGCUCGCCCCAAACUAGGUUUGCUCGACCAGGUUCAGUCCAAAAAAUUAUCACUUUAAGGAGCAGCAGUUUUCUUCCAGUAAAUUCUGAACAGCGCCACCUACAGUACUGGAGGCCUCAUACCAGCUCUACAAGCUUCACAGACUUCUCUGUAUUAAUCACCCUGAGGCUUUUAUGCUAUAGAAUGUUUAACAUAGCAAGGUUCUGGGAUUAUAAUAUACAUUCUAACUUUCCACACACCUUCCUCUAUAAUACUUAAAAAUAUGGCAAUCAGAACAAAUGUAUGUAUGUAUUAAUGUAUGUGGUGUAUUUUUGGCAGCGACACUAUAACACUGUGUAUCCGAGGUGAUUGCUUGGAUGUCUUAUUGAUAUUUACUGCAGAUGUUUUUGGGCAAAUGUCUUAUGAUGACUCAUUAAAGUAUGAUGCUAAAGUA